CCGCCGAGGCCACCGACGUCCCCAGCAGCACCGCCGCCGCUCCCCGCCCCGGCACUGCUCCUGGGGGUCAUCGGGGGGGUGAUCCCCAGGAACCCCACCAAGGACCCCCAGGGACCCCCGCCCACGGGCCUCCCUGGCAUGUCCACCAUGGCCCGACACGCCUCGACACGCCUCGACACGCCUCGACACGCCGCCGCCCUCCUGCUCGUGCUCCUGGCCCAUGCUGAAAUUUCAGCUGGGGAGACUCCUGCAGAGCCCGAGUGCGGGCGUCAGCGGGAGCUGGGCCGCGUGGUGGGGGGCACGGCCGCCCGCCCCGGAGAGUGGCCCUGGCAGGUGAGCCUCCAUCUGCGGGGGCAGCACUUCUGCGGGGGCACCCUCGUCACCCCACAGUGGGUGCUGUCGGCCGCCCACUGCUUCCAGGGGCCCAACGGGAGCCGGGCGGAGCUGACGGCCUGGCGGGCGGUGGUGGGCCGGCUGCGGCUGCAGGAGACGGGGGGCCAGGAGAGGACGGUGGCGGAAGUGGUGAUCCACGAGGGCUACCGGCGCGUGGAGGGUGGCCACGACCUGGCACUGGUGCGCCUGGAGUCGCCCGUCACCCUCGGGCCCCGCGUGGGCACCAUCUGCCUGCCGCAGGCCGACCACCCCUUCGCCUUCGGCACCCCGUGCUGGAUCACGGGAUGGGGCCACGUGGCUGAGAACGUGUCCCUCCCGCCCGGGUCCCCCCUCCAGAAGGUGGCCCUGGACCUGCUGAGCCCCGCGACCUGCAACUGCCUCUACUCCAACCUGCGGCGCCGGGACCUGGCGCACCCGGCCCGGCCCGGCAUGGUCUGCGCCGGCGGGCAGGAGGGCGGCCGCGGCGCCUGCCAGGCGGACUCGGGGGGCCCGCUGGCCUGCGGGGGCCCGGGCGGGCAGUGGGUGCAGGCCGGGGUGCUGAGCUUCGCCGUGGGGUGCGCCCGCCCCAACGGGCCGGUGUUGGCCACGGGGCUGGCGGCCCACGCCCGAUGGCUGCGGCGCCGCCUGCCCCCCGCCGCCUUCGCCCCCCUGGGCAGCCCCCCGCCCCCCGGCCUGGAGGACGGCAAGUGCCUGGGGUGCGGGAUGCAGGGGGGUCCCCGCCUGGAGCCCCCCCGCGGCCCCACCUGGCCCUGGGGGGUCAGCCUGCGCCUGGGGGGGCAGCACCGCUGCGGGGGGGCGCUGGUGGCCGAGGGCUGGGUGCUGACGGCCGCCCACUGCUUCAUUGGGAACCAGGAGGCGGAGGCGUGGGAGGCGGUGGCGGCGGGGGACGAGCGGCGACGGGGCGCCCGCCUCUACCUGCACGGGGCCUUCGUGGAGCCGAGGGGGGGCCGGGACCUGGCCCUGCUGCACCUGGAGACCCCCCUGCCCCUGGGGCCGGCCCUGCGGCCCCUCUGCCUGCCCUACAGCGAGGCCCGGUGGCCCCCCGGCACGCGCUGCUGGGCGCUGCUGGCCCCCAACGGUUCGUCCAUCCCCAAGGAGCUGGUCAGUGUGGAGGUGGCGCUCCCGGAGCCCUGCGAGACACGGGGGGACGCUGGUGACGACGCGGGGGCCUCGUUCCCCCCCGAAACCUUCUGCAUCACCAUCCCCGCGGGUACCAGCGCCUGCCAGCUGGACGGGGGAUCCCCCCUGGUCUGCGAGGCGCGGGGGAUCUGGUUCCUGGUGGGGACGGCCAGCAUGGGGGGCUGCACCCAGGGGGGGCCCCCCCUCUUCACCAUCACCUCCCGCUACGAGCGCUGGGUCGCCGGCAUCACCCGCGAAGCCUAUUUCUCCGAGAUCCCCCCGGACCCCCGCGAGGAGGAGGAGGAGAAGGAGGAACCCACGGGGGACCCCGGCGUCCGGGAGCACCCCGAAACCCCCGGCAUCAGUGGGGAACCCGAGCCCGCGGGGACACCCCACCCCACGGGGGACCCCGGCGUCCAGGAGCACCCCGAGCCCGUGGAGGACCCCGGCGCCGAGGGGGACUCCAGCAGCUGGAGGCAAGGCCAGAUCCCCGAGGACCCCGACAUCUGGGGGCACGUCAAAUCCUGGGAGGACCCCCGCAAGGCCUGACCCCCCCUUUGGGAGGGGCUCGGGUUGGGGAGGAGUGGGCAGAGCAAUAAAGUGGCGGUGGUCUGCA